UCUAGAGAGAGAGAGAGAGAGAGAGAGAGAGAGCGCCCGCAAUGCCGACUUUAAGCAUACGCGAGGCGCUAAUCGGCGCCGACUUUCAUCCUCUCCGCCCAACGAAGCGAUCGAGAGCUCCAAUUUCUCCUCCUCCUCCUCUUUCCCCCGCUUCUCCGACGCAGAGGCUCUUCUGCGGAAGCUACUCCCGCAGGUAUUUCAGACAGAUUUCCAGGUGUAAACUUAAAUCUGAUACAUUGUUCAGCCGCAGUCGCCAGCCAUCUGCAACUUCACCUGACAUUGACCUCAAAUGCGUCGACUAUGGCAGUGAGGCCGCUCUUGAGUUGAUGAACUAUGGCCAUUCGUCGGAAGAUAAACCCCCAGAAGAUUCCGGUUUCCAGAGUGGGAUUAAAAUGACAAUCUUAACAGCACUGCUUAUAUCGCUAGACUCUCAGCAAGCGGUUGCAAGUACGGAAUUUGGCGGAGCACAGCUGAUUAGUUAUAUGGGGGAUCUUGGUGAUAUUAGUACAGGUUUUGCUUCAGCCUUUUUGCUGAUCUUCUUCUCCGAGUUGGGAGACAAAACAUUCUUUAUUGCUGCACUUUUAGCGGCUAGAAAUUCGGGAGCUGUUGUUUUCGCUGGCACAUUUGGAGCUCUUGCUGCAAUGACAGUUGUAUCUGUGGUUCUUGGCCGUGCAUUUCACUUUGUCGACGGCAUCAUUCCAUUUCGGUUUGGUGAUAUAGACUUUCCAAUUGAUGACUUUGCAGCUGUUUGCCUCCUGGUUUAUUUUGGAGUCACUACAUUACUUGAUGCUGCUUCAGGUGAUGAUCAAAAGAUUAAGGAAGAACAAGAGGAGGCUGAACUAGCAAUUUCAGAGUUAUCAGGAAAUGGCGCAGGAAUCAUGGCUGUGGCCAGUACAGUAAUCAGCACUUUUCUUUUGGUUUUUGUUGCCGAAUGGGGUGAUAAAUCAUUUUUCUCCACAAUAGCACUUGCUGCAGCUUCUUCUCCUCUUGGUGUUAUCGGAGGCGCACUAGCGGGUCAUGCUCUUGCAACUCUGGUUGCGGUUCUCGGGGGCUCUUUGCUUGGGACAUUUCUGUCUGAGAAGGUUAUUGCAUAUGUUGGAGGGUCUCUAUUUUUACUCUUUGCUGCAGUAACUUUAAUAGAGAUUGUGACUUAGCCGGAGUUUCAAUCACCGCUAACAGAGCUGGUUCAUUGUACCUGCCCAGAAACUGGUGGGGUAUGAUUGGCACAGAGUCAACUUAAAAAAAUCUAGUACCUUUGAGAGAUCCACCAAAAUCCAAGGGGGCCCUCCACGUCAGCAACCUACCAUCCAGGCCACGUGAGAGCCACGUGCUAGAGACCACUGUUUAUGGUGAAUGCUCCAGGUCCACUUCCACAACCCCACAAAACCCAGCAUCUACUAUAAUCUCCCUUUUUAUUUAAAAAAAACAUAAAAUUUUGGACCUUUUUCUCUUUUCUCCACUAUUAAGGAUAGUGGUGUUUGUUAUUUUAGUACACUUCAUUAUUUUCGCACGAGACUAAGACCUCCACCAUAAACCAUGAACUUUUCAUUUUUCUUUUUGGAGAUAAGUUUCAAUUCUUUUUACUGUA